AUGGCUACCCCUAGUGUCCUAGCUUUUGACGCUGAGGGUCGCGCCAUUGACUUUGAGGUCUGGGUAGACGACCUGCAGUUGUUUUUACAGUGCGAUAGGGCAGACGGCCUCUCCCUCUUUGACCUUACCUCUGGCGCCUCUCCUGCUCCUGCUGCUGAUGCUGAUCCCACUGUGCGCUCUCAGUGGGCCACCCGCGAUGCUGCUGCACGUCUUGCUGUGCGUCGCCACCUCCCUACCUCUGAGCGCGCACACUUUAGUCACUACAAGAGUGCUCAGACCUUGUACGACGCUGUAGUUGCGCGCUACUCCUCCCCUGCCACUGCUGCACUGAGCCUCGCACGCCUCCCUGACUCCCUUCGCGUAGUCAGGGACCACUUUCUCGCAGUCUGUCCCACCACCCUCACCGUCGACGUCCUCGAGAAGGCCCUCCAAGCAGCGAAGAAGAGCAUAGUCGCUGUAGGAGCUUCUCGUGGAGACCCUCGCACCCCCAUCUUUGAGGGGUGCUCUCCUUCCCCCUUGCUGCCCUCUGUUGCCUCUGCUGCUGCUGCCGACCUGCUUGGUCUUGAGUCGGUCGGCGCGGCGUCUGCCCCUAGUGGGAGACGUCGCUCUUGCAAGGGCAAGGGGGGCAAGGAUGCGGGUGGAGCUGGAGGGGGCGGUGGCGGUGGCGGCGGAGGCGGCGGAGGGAGUGGGGGUGGCGGCAAGAGUGGUGGCGGGGGUGGUGGUGGUGGUGGCAGCAGCGGCGGAGGCGGCGGUGGUGGUGGCAGCGGUGGUGGUGGUGGCAGCGGCGGAGGUGGAGGCGGCGGAGGAGGCAGCGGAGGAGGCGGUGGUGGUGGAGGGGGUGGAGCUGGUCGGGGUGGUACCCAGCAGCGGAGCGGCGGUGGUGGUGGCCAGCGCUCGCAAUAG